AUGGCCCCUUUUGAAGCACUAUAUGGUAGGAGAUGUAGGACUCCACUUUGUUGGUCAGAAUUGAGUGAGGGCAAGAUGAUAGGUCCGGAUUUGAUUCGAGACACAGAGGAUAAGGUCAGAAUUAUCAGAGAUAGAUUGAAAGCAGCUUCAGAUUGUCAGAAGUCCUAUGCCGACUUGAAGAGGAAAGAUGUAGAGUAUGCAGUGGGAGAUAAAGUUUUCCUUAAGGUAUCUCCGUGGAAAAAGAUAUUGAGAUUUGGAAGAAAGGAGCCAGAUUUAACUUAUGAGGAAGAACCAGUGAGGAUACUUGCGAGGGAAAUCAAGGAACUAAGGAAUAAGAGAAUUCUUUUGGUCAAGGUCCUUUGGAGAAACCAUAAGACCGAGGAAGCUACAUGGGAAAGUGAAGAUAUCAUGAGACAGCAGCAUCCUCAAUUAUUUACACCAGACAUGUUAUUGAUGAAGUUGUGGGUUUUUGAAGUUUUUGGUGAAUUGUUAAGUAGAAAUCUGAGGUUGGAGAACCAUCCUCAAAGGGUUAAAAGAGAAAGCCAAGGAGUAAGGAUUUCCAAAGCUUUUUCAGCUUGUUUUAUUAAGAUGUUUUGA